AUGGACAGCGUCAAGAAUAAGAUCCUCAUCACCGGAGCUUCAGGGCAGUAUGGACGCCUUGCGGUGGCCGGGCUCCUCGCCAAAGGUGUCCCAGCUUCCUCACUACUUCUUCUGACCCGCGAUCCAGCAAAGCUUGCAGACUAUGCCUCACAAGGCUCCACCAUUCGGCAGGGCUCUUUCGAUGAUCCUGUAGACAAGCUUGCAGAGGCCUUCGCAGGGGCUGAGACCAUGCUCUUCAUCAGUACCAGCAGGGCCGGAAAGAGGCUACCGCAGCACCAGGCAGCCGUAGACGCCGCUUCCAAGGCAGGUAUCAAGCACAUUGUGUACACGUCGAUUCUGUCUGCGCACUUGGAAAAGCCUACGGCUCUUGUUGCAAGAGAGCAUCAUGCCACCGAGAAAAUGCUACGCGUUAGCGGCCUCUACUGGACCGCGCUGCGCGAUGCGCAGUAUUCCGAGGCCCUCACUGAUGUAGCUGGCCCUCCAGCUUUGAAGGCAGGCGUCCUUCGUGUGAAUGCCGGGCAGGGCAAGAUGGCUUUUAUUAGCCGGGACGAUUGCGUCGGGCCCGCCGUUAAUAUCCUGGCCGAUCCUUCCUCCCAUCGCAACAAGGCGUAUCACAUAACAGGCCCCGAGCUCUUAUCCUGGGCGGAUGCCGCAAGAAUCAUGGGAGAAGUUGUUGGCAAGACUUUAUGUUAUGAGCCUCUAACCGACGACGAGCAGCUCGCCAUAUUCGACGAGAUGGGAAUUCCGAGGGAACCAAUAGAUGGGCUUGUUGUCAAUGGAAACCCCUGGAACAGCUCUGACAUGGUAUCUUUCACAAAAGCAACAGCUUUAGGGGAGUUUGAGAUCAUAUCGGAUGAUGUACAGGAACUCACAUUGAGAAAUCCCAAGAGUUUUAGAGAGGUCUGUGAGGAGCGCCUGGUGUCACUUAAGAAGUAG